CAAUACAAUGGCUUUGCCACAUUUGAUUUGCCGCACUGGAGAUGUUCUCACCGGUCAAUCAUAUGAUUUGAGAAAUGUGUGGCACUCGAAUCAGCGGUCAAUGAGCGGCAGAAGGAGAGGAAGAUUGAAAGUUGUGGCGGAGAGGCCCUGCAAAUCCAAUUCCAAUUCAGAGUUUCCAAACAUGGCGGACAUAAUGAAGGUGGGCAGUGCCCAAAACGUGCAAGUGCAGGUCAAGUCGUGGGGGCCCGUGUUCGAAGUGAGGGCCAUCAGUAUGGUAACAGGGGAGGAGAUUGGAAGAGCAAAUGGCUUCAUUACCCUCUGGUUUGGAAGGAAAGGGAAGAUAUUGCACUUGGAGUCUACACGGAUGACCAGGCAAGCAUUUACAAUGCACAACACCUCUAUUUUCGGAAUGGGAUUGCUGGUGGGCGCAAUCGCCAUACGCCAUGGCUUCGAUUGCAAUUGUAAAACUGCAGAGUUGCUUGCCAUCAAUGAUUCACCCCUUUACCAUUCCAAGGUUUUUUUUCUGGUUUCUAUAUGAUAGGUUAUGCCCAUCUCCAGGAUACCAUAGUAAUUGGGGAAGGCAGUUAUGCCAUAGCUAUUAUAA